CCCAAAAAUCUCUCUUUCUAUUUCUCUUUCUCUCUCUUUUUAUUUUUUAAAAAAAAACAAAAUAACAAGAAAAAAUUGAGCUUUCAGAAUCUCCGUCGUCUUUCGCCUUCCUAUCCAUUUUGGUCACAGAUCGUCGUUCUAGGGUUUCGUUCUUGUAUUAAUUUUGGAGCUGUGUUUGGAUUUUCGCCAUUGAUUUCAGUUUUUKCUAUCUGGAAAAGGGGGAAAAGAGGAAGAAUUUGAUGGUGCAGUUGAUGAAAUCCGGGAACCGUCCUCUGGAGCCGGAGAUGGCGUCGUUUCGCGACAAGAUACCGGUGAAGCUGGAGAUCGAGGACUCUCUUGAAGAGGAGCAUGGUCCGUUCCGCAAGCGAUCGAAGACGGCGACGGCGUCGGCGUUUCCACCGCAGCAGAGUGAUGGAACCGAAGAUUUUCCUGUACCGCCUUCACAAUAUAAUCCGCUUGAUGAGCCUAGCCCUCUUGGCUUGCGAUUGAGGAAGAGCCCUUCACUGUUGGAUCUAAUCCAAAUGAAGCUUUCUCAAUCAACUGCUACUUCAAGUGAUGUGGCGGAAUGUGAAAGCUUCAACUCUUCAAUAAUAAAGGAAAAUAAAGGCACUGCUGUUUCGGGCUCCACUGACAAGCUGAAGGCAUCAAACUUUCCUGCGACACUUCUAAGAAUCGGAGGUUGGGAGUAUAAAUCAAGAUAUGAAGGUGAUCUGGUGGCAAAAUGUUAUUUUGCUAAGCAUAAGCUUGUAUGGGAAAUUCUUGAAGGUGGAUUGAAGAGUAAAAUAGAAAUCCAGUGGUCUGAUAUCAUGGCCUUAAAGGCACACUGCCCUGAUAACGGACCUGGUACAUUAAAUGUGGUGUUGGCUAGGCAGCCCCUUUUCUUCCGGGAGACAAACCCUCAGCCAAGAAAGCACACACUAUGGCAGGCAACUGCUGACUUUACUGAUGGCCAGGCUACCAUACACAGGCAACAUUUUCUGCAAUGUCCUCAAGGACUAUUGAACAAGCACUUUGAAAAGCUAAUCCAGUGUGAUAUGCGUCUUAACUUCUUAAGCCGACAGCCAGAGAUAGUUUUGGAUUCACCAUAUUUUGAACGAAGGGUUUCUGUUUUUGAGGAUCCAGAACACCAAGCAGAAACUAGUAAAGGAUCUACUGUAUCUGUUCUGACAGAUGGUGCCUCACCAUCUACUCAGCAAUCAUCCUUGAAGAUAGAACAACAAGACUCUACUUGUACAACUGUAGAACAUCACUCUCAAGAAGCCCCAUCACCUUGCUCAGCCGAAGCAAGUGCAAAUUUUGAAGUUGGUAGUUCUAGAAGCCCAAGAAAUUGGGAACAAAUGAAAGUUCCUGGGCUCCACCCGUCCAUGUCGAUGAGCGAUCUCGUGAAUCAUAUUGGACACUGUAUUACGGAACAGAUGACAGCGGCAAAUCCAUCAUUUGCCAACCAAGGACCAGAAUACCAAGACAUUCUAGAGGAUAUUGCACAAUAUCUGCUUAAUGACAAUCAAUCUACAACUUCUGAUGAAAAAUCUCUCAUGAAAAGGGUGAAUUCUCUCUGUUGUCUCUUGCAGAAAGACACAACCAAUACCACGACUCAGAAUUCACUGUUCAAUGAUGAAAGCCGUGGCGAGGGACCCAAUGACAGGAAGAACGAUAAAGUCAGUAACAUAUUGAGAGGUGAUGUUAAAGCUUUUACAGAUGAUGUGAAAGAUAGCUCGGGUACCAAGCAGGCAGUUGGUAUGACUAGGAAGGACUCGUUUGGUGAACUGCUGUUGCAGCUUCCUCGAAUCGCUUCUAUCCCAAAGUUCUUGUUCAACAUCUCAGAAGAAGAUAGCGAAAGUUAAGUCUUUCUGUAACUUGUUACAGAAACUGGGGACUGGACGGUUUAAAGGCGGAUGACGAAAAUCCUCAUGGGAUUCUGAAAUAUAUAUUGAUGAAGAAUCCUGUAUGUGUAAUUGAUGUAUUUAGGCAUUUUAUCUACAUCUACAGCUGUUUUAAUUCUUUCCCCUGUAACGUUAUGAGACUGUCAGUCUUACAUAAGUUGUAAAUUGAAUAUCCGUUGGUCAAUUAAUCUAUUUUAGAGUUGAUACAAACUUUGAGAUAUAUAAAAUGAGCUGCACGUUUUGGAUC